CAGCGGUGCCUGGUGUCGGUGGCUCAGUCUCCCCUCGCGCUCACUCGCUCGCUCGCCCGGCAGCCGGUGCCGGGGUCGUGCCACUCGCUCGCUCGGGUCGCUGCCACGAGUCCCCUCACCUGGCACGUGCGACGCCACACCUUGCUCCCCUCUCGCCCUCGCCCAGCCCAUGAAAGCGACAGUGAUGGCGGGGCCUCGCACGGACGCGCCUGUUGAUGCCCGUGCCAGCCAGGCCCCGUUCGGGUGAGGCGACGCUCGUUCGGCCCUUGACUCCGAGCGCUGACGAGUUGACCGAAAAGGAGGAAUGUGCUUUUAACCUGAUCUACACACACUGGGAAAGUGCAAGGAAAUAUACAUUCGCCCUCUGUUACCUCCACCGGAAGAUCAUUCAUACAAUACAUUAUAAAUACAAUAUACACGACUACUAGUGUGAUUUAGUGAUAUCGGCCUCAUCGUAGGGACACACGAUACGCAAGAUUCUUACUAACACACUCUGUGAUCGUACAUCAGGAAGUGACGAUGCCGUUUGGUGCUCGACAGUGUUUUCUGGGUAGUUAACAGGUGGGAAUCUCGAGCUCGCGUGCCCCGCCGUUCGCCAUGGCGGCCAGGAACUUUACCUCCGUGGCCGAGAUCCUCGCGCUGGGGCUGAGUCGGCCUGGGAUGGCGCCGUCGGCCUCCUCCUGGCCCAGUGCCUCAGGGGGCGAAGGAUGGGCCAGCAAUUCCUCACAUUCCUCAAGACUGGAGGACUACAGAAGAGUCCCGGAGGGAGGCGCAGACGCGGGGCCUUGGGGAACUGCAGAAGCGAGGGAUGCGGGGAGUGACACGGAAGUGCAGCGGGACAACGUUAGUGAUGUGUUAUACUCGGUUUACAAUGCGAUGAGUAGUGGUUACAUUAGCAGUGAAAACGACAGUGAAGUGAGAUUAGAUAGUCAGGAAUAUAACCGCCUUGAAAACCAGUCUGUAGGUGCUUUUAGUGUUGGAUCUAGAAAUGAUGCGUUUGAAAAUGCUCGUGUUGGUUUAGUAGGUAAUGGAGAUGCCGAGUCCGUGGCCGCCUCCGCCGAGGUGUCCGUGGGUGAGGGCGGCGCGGCCAGCAGCUUCAUAGGUGCUUUGUUAGGGUUCUCGCCCCGCACCGCGGACGACCAGGGCUCUCUACCGUCCAGAAAUUCAUCCUCGAUCUUUAGAGACGUCUUCAACCUCACCCUCGACGGUGGCAACGAGACCUUCGGUGCCCUGGAGAGCGGGGACUUCCAGGGGCUGCUGGGCCUGCAGGGCGCCCCCUACUUCUCCGCGUACACGCACAACGGCAGCCACCACGGCGGCAACAGCACGAGCGAGGCGGAGACGCUCUUCGCGAACUACCCGCCGCUGCUGCUGGACUUCGCCGUCUUCUGCUGCGUCCUUUUCAUCGUGCUGGGCGUCCCCGGCAACCUCAUCACCAUCGUCGCGCUCGUCAAGUGUAAAAAGGUCCACAACGCCACUGCCGUGUUCAUCAUCAACCUCACGCUCUCUGACCUGAUGUUCGGCGUGUUCAACCUCCCCCUGGCGGCCUCCCUCUUCGGUCACCGGGCUUGGGUACAUACGGGCUUCCUGUGCCAGCUGUUCCCCAUUCUGCGCUACGGUCUCGUGGCUGUCUCCGUCUUCACCGUGCUGGCCAUCACCAUCAACCGCUACGUCAUGAUUGCACACCCGAGACUCUACCACAAUAUAUCCACGGCGUGCCUCGUGACAGCGCUCCUCACAAAAUCUGUCUCGUACACAACGGUCCGCAUCCCUCGUGUCACCCGUCCUAUGAAUAUAUUUCACGGGCUGACACAUUCUAAACAGCCACGCAGCACAACUGCUUUCCCUCCGUACACUAGGCAGGCGUUGAUUCAAUAUUCAACCUCAAGGGCUUCCCACCUCCAGGCCUCACAAAGCGUACCCUGUGAACUGCAGUAUUGGAAGGAGACUAGACGGCACCAGUUUUAUAACCUGAUCUUUGAUUGGAGUGAGAAGGAGAAGACCGAGGAGAGAAACGGCGGCGAGAACGGCGAGUCGGCACCGAAGGAGCCCGCGCGAACGCCCUCGCCUCUCCUCACCUCCGGAGACACCAUAACCGACGCCAGCUCGCUGCUGAAGACGGAGGUGAACGGCUUCUCGGGGCAGACAUCCGAGGAGUGCGCGGUGGCGGCGACCGUGCCUUCCCCCAUCCGCGUGUGCCCUCCGACGGCCCCCUCGUCGCCGGCGUCCGAGCGCUCCGAGCCGAGGGGCAACGCGAUCGAGCGGCGCCCGUCCACCAUCUCCGGCUUCGGCGGUACCUUCUCGCACCUGCGCGGGACCUUCCGCAAGACGCGCGCUGGCUCCUUCAUCGCGCGCCAGCCGGACCUCAGCGCCAAGGACCGCCGCCUCCUCAAGAUGAUUCUGGUGAUCUUCAUCUCGUUCGUGCUGUGCUACCUGCCCAUCACGCUCAUCAAGACCUUCAGCAAGGACGACAACCCCGUGCUCAACAUCGUCGGCCUCCUCCUCAUCUACAUGACCACGUGUAUCAACCCCAUCAUCUACGUGGUCAUGUCGUCUGAGUACCGCCAGGCCUACGUGAGCCUCCUGACGUGCAGACGUGACACCGACGCGACCAAUCGCUCCGUCACCAAAAUAUCCUGAAAGAAAGCGCGGUCUUCCAUGCCACGCCAGGCGCUCGGGCCGGCCGCGCCCAGAUACAAGGUCCGGGUGUCGCCGGCAGGAUACCCGAGGCGCCAGAACUGAACUACUUUUAAGACUCAAGGCAAACGGAAAGGCUCGUCUUGGUUAACGCUGUGCUGUGCCACUCCAAGCGAGGCCCUCCAAAGGGACUCGCUGGGGCAUACUAAUACCUAACGUUUGAUUUCUGACCUUUCGCUGCCUGGAUCUCGGGCAGGCCCCGGGACGAAAUUACCAAUUAUAUUCUCGCAUGUUAAAGGGAUUCUUAUAGUGCAUUUCACUGUAAAUAUUUCGAAAAAUAAGAACUGUGUGGGUGUAUUGGAAUAUUUUAGUAUAUACAAAAGAUUGACCAAUUUCUUGAUAAUUCAUAACACAGAAACAUGAAAAUGCAUGCCUUAAGUAUAAAAUACUCCAUAUCUUGCCCUCAGUGUUGUCAAUAAUUUUAACGUUUACGGCAAUAUACUAAUCGCAGCACUCCAUACAUGGCUGUAUUUUCACACGCUAUCUGAAGAGACACACAAGGCAAUAAAAAUGAUUAAAAAUGAUAUGAUAACUUCGUAAACUCGGCCAACUUGACAUUCGAUAUUGAUCUGGUAAUUUCAUUAGCAAACUAACUGCAAUACGAAAACAACAUCAGGGAGCCAGGCUUACUGCACCAUAUAAUGUUUAGUAAUUGAGCUAACUGUUGAAAUACUAAUCAUCUCUGAAUCCUGAACACGACUUAUACUACAAGUGCAAUGAUUCACACAGAAAGUUUAAUUGUUGUUCUAAGUAGUUUUGUACGAACGGAUGAGACAGCCAGCGGUGACGGGGUCAGUCGUCCAUAAGACAAGAUUCUUCGCUGGAUUCCUUUCAGCCAAGGGACUUCGUCCGUGCCGGUGUCCUGCUUCUUAGGGGAUACUUUUGACCAGUUCAGUUGUUUUUCACUUCCAUGGGCCUUACGGGCGCCGUGUUCUGUGCUGGACACGUCGACUCGUGUUGGAAGUCGCGUUAUGUUACGGUAAAAAUUGGGCCUUGAUGGGAUUCGAGGAUCUUGGCUGAUCUCAUUAACGUCUUGUGCCUUCGUAGACAUGAUGAACUUGUCGAUUUUGCUAGAACGAUUCUGAUUUUUGUUGACCGCUUACGACCCUGUUGGAAAUUUCGUCUUGUUGGAUAUUGCGUAACCAUUUACGUAGGUCUGACUCUAAUGGACUGUGUCAGACAUAGCGAACCUUAGAAAAAUGUUAUGGACUUCCUUGGCAUCCUGUGAUUUCCCGGACAUUGAAGGUCUUAUCUGCUAUUGUACAAGGGCAUCUUGGUGUUAUACCUAUACAUAACAAUAUGCCUUUAGAAUUGUUAGAUCUUGGUCCUGGUGUGAGUCUUUAGAUUUUUGCGAGUAAAUGCAGGUCGAAAUUGAAACUCAAGGGAUAACCCAGACAUGACAACAGACGCCUUCAUGUCUGUUUGUGUGACUGUCCGUAACGUCGCGUGCCCAGGGUAGAGGGUCUCGCGAAUCAAACACUCGAUUAGAUAUGAUGAAACAUUGACUGCCUAACAACGAUCACUAUUUACAACUUUCUCGAAAUGACGGUAUGGGAAAGAGCCUUAGACUGUACAAUUACAUUAGGAAUUUCUCUUGCUGUUGAUGGCUUCCUGGAGCAUAAAAUGGUUAGGUUACGAUGUCAACCACUUGUGAUAUAAUUUCGAGAACGGACAGUGUGUAUAUAACAUAAUAUUUAUUGUUUUACUGUUAUACAGUCUAGAUUUUGCAUAUGUUAUUAUGCAGAUUACAUUGUAAAUGCAGAAGUGUAGUUACUACUUUUGUUUUCUUGUUGUUUCUACACACUAGGCUAAGAGUGAAAGUAUCGGAAAUAUAAAGACUGAAAUUAAUUUGAUAAUCACUAUUUACCUCUUAUGUAUCUUUUCAUGUUGUUAUGAUGCGAAGACGUGAUACGUGGUGCCAUGAGCUCGCUCUGAUAUCAUUACCAAAAAGCAGCAGUGCUGUUGAUUUGAUGCUACCCUUUUAGGACCCCGUAUGGUUUGAGUAUUACUCGUGAACAAUAAGGAGCAGACGUAACAAACCUCUUCUCUUGGUUUUAAAUGGACUUGCCUUGUAUACGUCAACAGUUCUAGAGACAUAAAACAACCGUAAGUUUACGAAGAUCAAGUAGUACUUUGCAUACAUACGAAUAUAUACACACAUAGA